AUGAAUACACAACCGUCGAUCGCUUUACCAGCUGAUACAUUUUCGCCAGAAGUUCAGCAUAUGAUGCGUCCAACCAUGCAAAAUAAUAAUAAUAAUAAUAAUAGUAAUAACAUGAAUAACAUGAGUAUGAAUAUGAAUAUAAAUAUGAACAACAACAAUAAUAAUAAUAAUAAUAACAAUAAUAGUUACAGUACUAGUAAUAGUAAUAGUAAUAAUACCAGUACUAAUAUUACUAAUAUCGGAACUCCUAAUAGUACAGCAUCCGUAUCUGCAGCUGUCUCUGCAUCUGCAUCACCUUCAGCAAACACACCUUCUUCUUCAAGUAAAGAAAAAGAUAAAAAAUCAAAGAGAAAGAGAAAUAGAAUCCCUUUAUCAUGUACUAUUUGUCGUAAAAGAAAAGUUAAAUGUGAUAAGAUUAGACCACAUUGUAAUCAAUGUACUAAGACCGGUGUAGCUCAUUUAUGUCAUUAUAUGGAACAAUCAUGGGCUGAAGAAGCUGAAAAGGAAUUAUCUAAGGAAGCUGAAUUGAAAAAUUUAAGAGACAGAGUGAAAUAUUUAGAAAAAGCUCUAUCAAAAAUUCAUUCAUCAACUUCAAACUCUAAUACUGUGGCUAAUACUCCAGAUAACACUAAUAUGAACAUGAACAGUCCGGUGCCUUCGAUUAGUAAUAAUAGUGCUUUAGUCAUGAACGAUUCUUCAUCUUCUUCAAAUGGUAGUGCUAUGGAUCGUCAAACUCAGUCAAACUCAGAUAAUUUAGGCUCUUUGGUCGCAGCUACUAAUCAUCCCAGUACUGCUAAUCCAAGAGAUAAAUAUGACAACGACGAAUUAGAUUUAACUAAACAAUUCGAUAUGUUACAUAUUAAAAAUAAUGGGACAAUUCACCUAGGGGCCACACAUUGGCUGGCUAUCAUGAAAGGUGACCCAUAUUUGAAAUUAUUAUGGGGUCAUAUCUUUAAUAUUAGAGAAAGAGUCAAUGAUUGGUAUUCUCAACGAAUGGUUGGUAAUAGUAACGGGGUAUCAAAUGCUAAACGUCCUCCUCAUCCUUCAAAAAGUUUUCAAAAUUUACAAUUUGCUUCUUCAGGUAAAUGCCCUAUCGAUUAUAAAAGUUUAGUGGGUACUGCACAAGCUAAAGCUCAAGGAAUUAAGAUAGAUACCCCACCACCACCAACACCACAAUCGACUUCAGGUUCGAAUUCAACACCCAUUGCUCCACAUCCAUUACCUACUGGUAGUGCAGGUGACAUAAGUAAAUGUCCUGUGGCUCAUAGAUUUGUUGACGUUAGACCAGCUGUUAAAAAGGAGCCACAAUCCUCUCCAGUCCCUGUAAUGGCAUCUACGACUGGUGGUAUGUCAAUUGCUCCACAUCCAUUGCCCGCAGGCUCCACAGGAGAUAUUAGUAAAUGUCCCGUGGCACAUAGAUUCCCUACGGAAACAGAUGAAUCAGAAAUGGAUUCAAUAAAUCAACAGAUGAAGAGGACUGAUAGUGAUAAUAAAGCUCAACCAAAGACAGCUGCUCCAUCUGCAACCAACCCUUUACCAUCAUUCCAAAAAUUGACUUCGAAAUGUCCAGUACCACAGGAGACGGAACCAAGUUUAAUGGCUAAGACCACUGAACAAAUGACUUAUGAACAAAUUGUCACUAAAGUAAUUUCAAUGUUACCUCCAAGACACAUUAUACUCACAUUUAUCGAUAAAUUCUUUAAACACAUAUACCCAAUUAUUCCUAUUAUAGAUGAGCAAAAUUUUAAGAAUCAUUUAAUUCAAAUCCUUCAUGAAACACCAGAUAAGAAAUUGGAGUUACAUAUGGCAAAAUCAUCUGAUUAUUGUAAUCUGGGUAUUAUGAUUAUUAUUCUAAGAUUGACAUGGUUAUCCUUACCGGCUAAUAGAUGUGAAAUUAAUUUGGGUAACACCGAGUUAACAAACUCUUAUCUUGCAUCUCAUUUGAAUAUUAACACAAACUCUAACAACAAGGAAGAUAACCAAUUAAUGAAACAUGAAACUCCUAUGGAAUUGCUAAAUCUAGUAAAGGAUAACUUGAUCAAAUUCGAUAAAAUCUCAUCUAUAUCAAACAAUAACAUUAAUCUAACCACAAUCCAAUUUGCUAUUCUGUAUAAGAUUUACAUGAUGAAUUCCCCAACAGAAGGUUUCGCCAACAAGAGAAAUAACAACAGUUUCCAUAGUAUUAGUGAUCCAAACUCUCAUGAUAGUGAAUUGAACCAAAUUCUGUUAUCAUCAAUUAUCCAGAUGGCUUUUAGUUGUGGUCUACAUAGAGAUCCAGAUAAUUUCCCUCAAUUAAACGUCGUAUCCACAUAUGGUCAAGGUGCAGCUGGUACUACUAUGAACGUUGGAAACAACAACAGUCAAAGAAAUAAUUCAAACAAUGCUGGAGCCAAUGGUAACCCAGAAGGUAAUUCUAGCGUAAAGGAAAAUCAAAUAACUACAGAAAGAUUCAAACACACAUGGAGAAAAAUUUGGUUCUUUAUUGUCCAUUUGGAUGUCCAACAAUCUUUAACAUUGGGUACUCCAAGAUUAUUGAGAAAUUUGAAAGAUUUUAGUGAUACAAAGUUACCAUCCGCAUCUAAGAUUGAUUACGUACGUGAUAUUAAGGAAUUAAUUAUCAUUAAGAACUUUAGUUUGUUCUGGCAAAUUGAUCUGGUUAUCAUUGCCGUCCUAAAUAAUAUCUUAAACGUGUUCCUUGCUAAGAAUGUUAGGAAAUUCGAGUUAGAUGAAUUAAUCCAAUCUUUAUCCAAUUUGACAUAUGCAAAGAAAAGUAUAGGUGACGUUUUAAAUGAUUUAAUUAACAAUGGGUUGUUGACAACCUCAGAAGGUUCUAUUAAUUUCCAAGAUUACACCGAUGAAAGUUAUGGCUUACCAAGUUUAGAAGAAAUUAUUUCAAGUACUGCUACUCCGAUCGGAAAUUCGAGUGUCUCUAGUCCAAUGUCAGCUAUGAAUACACCGGGCUCUACUACUGGUGCCUCACCUGCAUCUUCUGUGUCAGGUAAGAAGCACUCUACUGCUCCCUCUGAGAAGAAGUUUGAAUUACCUCACGAGUCUACAACAAAAGCUCUUUUCUUCACAAAACAUUUGACUUUAAGAAUGUUACUUUACUUACUGAAUUACAUAUUGUUUACACAUUAUGAACCAAUGGGUAGUCAAGAUAGUGGUACUAUUGCGCUAACUAAAAAUUACGCCCAACAAACACUAAAUUUUGCUACAGAUGGAUACAGGAAUUGUUUGAUAUUCUUCAACAAUGUUAAGAGGGAUAAAAUUUUACACAACCAUUCAACCAUUUUUGAUUAUGUCAACAUUUUGUUGACACCUCAUUGUUUGGAUAUUGGUCAUAGAGCCUUACAGUUUUUAGUGUGUUUAACACUUCGUUCCAAAUGUGGUCCAAUUGGUGGUAUGAAGGAAAAUAUCUUCUCCAAUAACAGUAGUGGUGGUGAGGACUCAGAUAAUGACUCCCAUUCUAGUGAUUCGAGCUCCAACUAUGGAAGUGUAAGGGACCCAUUAGAAUUGAGUUCCAAUAUGAUAAAUAGUAUUGCAUUAGAUUCUGUUGCUGAUUUCCAACUUGCUAAUAUAUUGAUUGCAAGAAUGAAACUCUUCCAGAAAUUAACCAAACAAAUAGCAGUACAAUAUCCAUAUGCAACAAGAACUUACAGAUCUACUGGUUUCUUUAUCACAUUAUUAAGUGGUUCUAAGAAGGGUGGCUUUAAUCUAACUACGUGGAAGCAUCCAAAGAUUUCUGGUUUCUUCAAAAAUGUUCCUUCGUUAAUCAUGUCUGGUAAUACUGACCAAUUGAAGAGAUGUCCUGUUUAUCAAGACGCUCUAGGUUUUGUUGGACCAAGAGUUCCAUCUACAUCGUCUACUACGCAGUUGCCUCCAAUAAGGUCGUCUUACAAACCAAUUACUUAUACAAAUAGUAAUAUACGUAAGUUAGAGCAACAAGCAGAAAAGGAUGCUUCUGAAAAGAGAAGGAAGUUGAAUAAUGCUGUGGUUACUCCGGCUUUGAAUCAAGGAAAAACAUUAUCAUCUGGUAUAUCUUCUACCGGUAUGACUCUAGAUGGUACAAAGGUUCAAAAUGUUCCGCCAAGCAUGAUGACAGGUCAACAAGGUUUCAACGGUAAUGGAAAUUCAUCUUACCCAUCUGCUGUUAACUCACCAGCACCUGGUAUGAAUAUUCCAUUAAAUGCAGCCUCUCCGAUGGGUAUGCCCCUACCAUCUGUAUCAAAUUUCUUCCAGGAUUCUAACAGUAACGUUGCCUCCAGAAGUAACCUAGCUGUUAAUAACGCCAAUUUGAUAAAUUCUACAUUAACACCAAAUUCGGACGAUUUCUUUGUCCAAAACUCGAACUUUGGGGACUUGUUUGACUCUAACAGUGUCAUGGCUGCUAUCAACGAAUUUAAUCCAAUUUCUGAUAUAGGUGCUCCGAAUACAAACGGUAUGGAUAGCUUUUCCCAAAGUGGUUUAAAUAGCAAUGUGAGCAUGGGCAAUAUGGCCUCUGUCAUGAACUUACCGGGAAAUAAUAUGAAUACUGCCGGUAGUGGUAUGCAACCUGUGGGCAAUAAUAGUGGUUACAACAGUAGCAUACAUAAUUCAAAUGCAGGUAUGUAUGAUAAUAUGGCAGGGGUUGCUGGUCCAGCCAUGAUGAAUAUGGGUAAUUUAGGUAACGCUAUGGAUAGUGCAUUCGCUCCUAAAAUUGAGGAUGGAUUCACAGAAUUACAGGAUUUUACAAUUUGGGAUUGA